CUCCCUCUCCCUCUCUCUCUCUCCGGGCAGGAAGGAAGAUGGUGUCUGUCAGGAUGCGGUCGUGUUUUCUGUCGCUUUUGCUCCUGAACGUUUUCUACAGCGUCGUCUCCUCGUUGUAUUUUCACAUCGGAGAGACCGAGAAGAAAUGUUUCAUAGAGGAGAUCCCGGACGAGACCAUGAUUAUCGGAAACUACCGGACUCAGCUGUACGAUAAACAGAGAGAAGAGUACAUGCCGGCCACUCAGGGUCUGGGGAUGUUUGUGGAAGUCAAAGAUCCUGAUGACAAGGUGAUCCUGUCUCGGCAGUACGGCUCGGAGGGGAGGUUUACCUUCACCUCACACACACCCGGAGAGCAUCAGAUCUGUCUUCACUCCAACUCCUCCAAGUUCGCCCUGUUUGCUGGAGGCAUGCUGAGGGUUCACUUGGACAUUCAGGUGGGAGAGCACGCCAACAACUACGCUGAGAUCGCUGCCAAAGACAAGCUGACGGAGCUGCAGCUGAGAGUCCGACAGCUGGUGGAGCAGGUGGACCAGAUCCAGAAGGAGCAGAACUACCAGAGGUACCGUGAGGAGCGUUUCCGCCUGACCAGCGAGAGCACCAACCAGCGGGUCCUCUGGUGGUCCAUCGUCCAGACCCUCAUCCUGGUGGCCAUCGGCAUCUGGCAGAUGAGACACCUCAAGAGCUUCUUCGAGGCCAAGAAGCUGGUGUAGCUUCACAGCUGUGUGUGUGUGUGUGUGUGUGUGUGUGUGUGUGUGUGUGUGUGUGUGUGUGUGCGCGCGGAUGAGUGUGUGCUUGGUCUCUACUGAUUGGCGGCUGUCGCCGUCAGAGGAAGAGGAACCGCUGAGAAGACGCGGAGAAAAGCAGCUGUGAGGUUGGGCUUGAAAGACGCCAUCUUUGGUCCCUGUUGACGGUUCCUCAUUGAUUUCCUCACAUGUGCAGUAGACUAUUGGGGGACGAGGGGGGAUGUGACAACGGUAUUUAUUACACAGGGAGCGUUUCACUCUGCUUUGUGUCGGCGUGCUUCUUUAUUAUUUUCAAUGACUUCCCCUUCCUCCCGAUGAGGUCAUGACGUGUUACUGGCCACGAGAGAUGAGCUGCAGUCUGAUGCAGAAAUAAUAAUCUUGAUUCAAUGGUAGACUGAUUUUGUGGAACUUUUUUUUUUGUUUCGUCCAUGUGGAAAAUCCGCAAAGACGUUAAAGCGCUGCUGCCGUUGUUGUUUCUGUUGUUGUUUGCUUCUGAGGCGGCGAGAUACUGAAGCACUCUGACCUCAGUGUUUGGUUUAACAUCAACUGAGCAGCACUCAACAACGAAACACUUCAGGUUUCCACCUGCAGACCUUAAAGUGACCGUAGCGAUGUUCUGAGGGGUGUUUUGAUGAGCUUUGUGUUCAACUCCAUUCAGAUGGAGCAUCUGCUGUGGACGUGCUUUAGACUCUUCAAGUAUAUUUAGAAUAUUAUCUCCUUAGUGGCUGUCAGACAGUUGAAGUUGUUACCUGUAAUCUCUUCGAAGACACCAGACUCCAUUCACACAAACAGUCGUUUUAGCUCCAACCACUCAGGGGUUCCUGGUCUUCUGCUGCCUCCGUCUGCUAGUUAGUUUGUGUUGUUGUGUGACUUCGGUGAAUCUGAAUACCGAAGUCACACAACAACUCAAAGUAGCUCACGGACUGAGUCAGCAGUCGACCAGAAGCUACCGUGUUACUGGAGGUUAAAUGAGUGUUUUCUUAAUGGAGUCUGGUGUCUUUGAAGAGAGCACAGAUUUCAGAACGGUUCUUCUGACAGCACAUUAAAGAGGUUAAAAUAUUCUUUUUUCUCUUUAAGGUGUCUAAAAUACAUCCACAGCAAUACUCUGCAGGUAGUAGUACACACAAGUACCUCAUUUAGCCACACUUCUACCUUUACUGUAGUGGAGGAGUCAUUACUCUCAGCACAUUUGAAAUAAAAGUCCUGUUUAUGGGACCCCAUUAUCCUCAUCACACAUCCGUAGACUACAAUUCCAGCCGUCUGUUUUAUUGAUGAAGUGGAGAUUUUUAUUGGCGGUUCAUCGGUCAGCGCGUCGCCACCACUUUGAUCUCAUUCCUCCAGAUGUUUCUCCUUUCAGGUAUAAAAAAACAACAACCUGGAAAACGGUCAGACUAUAGUUUCGUUUUCAAAGUCGCGCUUCCAGUGAAAAGAAUCUGGAAUAUUUGAAAAGGGCCGAUUUUAAAAUAAGCUCUUAAGGAAUAGUUUCCUUCUAAGAUUUGGUUCCUUUCUGUUCUUCCUCUGCUGGUUUUUAGGUUGCUGGAAUCUUUCAGGACUGUUGGUUUGAAUCAGUUGGGUUUUAGGGUGUGGAAGUGGCUUGAUUUAAUUUUAUUUUUGGAGAGAUUCUGUCCAUGUGAAAUCUAAAAUUGCACUCGGAAUAAAGUUUGUCACAUUUGAAGUGCU